CAGAGUACAGCGAAGAAACUUUCCGGAAAGGUAAGUUGACGACAUGGGGCCGGGGACGCGUUCUGAGGCCGCUCGCACAGUCAUGGAGUCGUUGCAUGUAGUGACGGUAGAACCUAUUAUGUUCGUCCUGUCAAUGACGAACUACAUGCGGACGCCCGCCAGCCAACUUCUAGUCCUGCACAAAGUCUGUAUCCAGAGCUACAACGACACGGUUUGUGGAGAUGUAGACGAGAAAUCGGCUGCUGUUGAGAACGACGUUCAGGCAAACGCAGCGCACUGGAAUUUCCUCCUCAAGAUGGCCCUGUUCAUCCCAGGGGCCAUAGUGUCGUCCUUGUACGGUCCCUUGAGCGAUCGUUUGGGAAGGCGCAUGUUCCUGAUCAUCCCAUCCUUGGGCAGCAUUCUGGGAGCUGUGAGCUUCCUCUUCCAGACUUACUUCCCAAUGAUGCCGCUGGAUUAUCUGAUCGCCAGCGAAAUCGCUGUGGGGCUGUCUGGGAACGUCGUCACCGCUUACAUCAUUGCCAAGAGCUACCUGUGUGACGUGACGGAUGGCACUAACCGAACCAAGCGACUUGGAGUGAUGAAGGCUAUGUCUCACAUCGGAGGUCCUAUCGGGGCAUUCCUCUCCGGUGUCCUGAUUGACAUGAAAGGCUUCGCCCCUGUCUACUUCAUACUCGCUGGUAUCCACGUCCUCGUUGUGCUCUACGUUGUGUUCUGGCUGGAGGAGACCGUGGAUUAUGAGUCGGACCAGGAGCUGAGCAGUGGGGGCGACGAAGAUGACACUAGUGAGGACGAGGAGAGGGCUGAAGAUGAAGAAAUCGAGACGAAAGGGAAAGAGGAGCCUCAAGCUGGACAGGAAAAAGUGGAGAAAGAGGGAGAGGCAGACGACGGCAAAAGAGAAAGAUUUUGGGGUGAAACCCGUGACUCCAUCAGGCAAUCUUUCAGGGAGGUGUGGAAGAGCUUGAGAAGCAUGCUUCUGGUCUGCUUCCGAGAGAGACUUGGAUGCAGACGCAAAUACCUCCUGCUGGCUAUGCUCAUUGGUAUCAUCCAUAACAUUUGCUCUACAGCCGAAAUGGACCUGAUUGUCUUAUACACGAAGCAUUCUCCGCUGAAUUGGACCGCCACGACCAUCGGUGUUUUCAUCAGCGUUCGAACCGCUCUGAAAGCAGCCACCUUGGUCUUGGGGUUACCUGCAAUCUUUAAGAUUGUGAAAAACCACUCGAUGCAGUUAGAUCUAGGUCUGACUUCCAUAGGGAUUAUAUCAACCUCAGCAGCUCUGACCAUGAUUGCAUUCGCAAAAUCCACUACGGUCAUGAUGAUAGCUGCCGCUGUUGGGAUGUUAGUGAGCUUCCCUAGUGUUACCAUAACGUCCAUCAAAUCCAAGUUAGUGGAACCUCAAGAAUAUGGGUCGCUCUUUGCAGUAACAGCUUUGAUUCAGACGCUUACCUCCGUAGCCAGUUCUGGUCUUUUCAACAAUCUUUAUGCUGCCUUGCUGCCAAUCUGGCCCGGUCUGCCGUUCCUUGUAACAGUCGGUUUCUACGCAUUGUCGCUUCUCCUCGUACUGUACAUAUGGUACGACGUGAAAGUGCAAUCUAAAGAAGAGGAAUUGAUGACUGAUCGUCCCGGGCCCAAAUACAAAGAACUAAAGAAUAUUGAAGAUGGGAAGACGGAUUAGCCACCUCGGGAAAAUACCCAGUUGCGACCGCGGCGACAGAACAUCAUUGAGCUGCCCACUGUGGAGCAGUUCAAGGGAGCCAUCAGGGCCUAGAUCAUAGGAGCUGACUUUCGACUUGCACCAACUACUAUGUAUAUACCAGAGCACCUUGCACAAGUGUCCACCAUUUGAGACUAGCAUGUUAAGUUGUAAGGCUGUAAACGAGUAGCUGCAUGGAAAUAGAGGUAGAAGAUGGGUUUCAUAGGUGAUCGUCUUGAAGAGAAAUGUCACGAUUAUCUGGAUGUAAAAAAAAAAAAAACUCAGUUGAUGGAAAAAGCCAGGUUGCUUAGAUCCAAUUGUUGACGAGAUCGUGACCGACUACGGUCCAAAGCACCAACCUUGACAGAUAUAUUCUUUUAGCCAUAGAGAAGAUGUUUAGAAGGGGUAACACCUGAAAUUGCUUUGGGAAAGGUGCCUACCUUGCAUCAAUAUUUAUUCACGUAUUUGGGUUCUAUAAUAGGGUUAAGUCUAUCAGAAAUAGAGAUAUCUGUAUGUUGGAUUAACUGUUAAAUUUGCACUCUAUACUUACGGAAACUAUCAAACAAUUCGUGCAUGGCCGAGUUGGGCCAUUCCAAUGCAAAGUUCUUCCAAACACACUGCACGCGGACAUCUGGGAAUGUUUUUAUAUUGGUUUCUCUAGCUCCCAGACCUAUGUUAUUGAGAAAAAAAAACAAUUGAGCCUGGGGUGCUGAAUGGUAACAAAUAGCAACCGAUGAAAACUGGUGUGCAAAUGAAUAGAUGUUUUCAUCAGAUGACGUCAGCUCGCCCUACCUAAAGAUCAAUUCGAGUACGCUAUCAAUUCUGUCCCUUCAAUGGCGAAAGCAUUGUGCUAUCUACUGUUCAGAUAAUCCGUCACGUGACACUUGCUUUGUAGAAUAGGGUGACAAUGGUUUCUCCAUAGAGAGGGGCCUCGUUAGGGGUACACACCUGUACAUAGGCCUAAACCCAUCCGCUGAGCUCAUGAAUAAAAGUUAUACCCCUCAAAAUAGGCCUAUUCUAUAUU